UGUCAGUACCUACUUGGACUCAAGAGAGGUCUGCGAAAGGAUUACUUAAAGACGAGAAGAAGUUUCUCUUAAACCAGCAGGAUUAUUGUUGCAUUUUUUCCUUCUCAAAUCAGAGAGUAAAUAAAUCUGCAAACAUGCCAGUAUCAAGAAUGAGGAUGAGGCCAUGGCUGGAGAAGAUGAUCGACUCCAAUACAGUUUGGGGCUUGGCUUGGAUUGAUAAAGAGAAAACAAUGUUUUCCAUUCCCUGGAAACAUGCAGCUCGACACGGCUGGGAGGUGGACAAGGACGCAUGUCUGUUCAAAGAGUGGGCCAAACACACAGGGAAAUAUGUGGAGGGCCAAGUUUGUGACCCCAAGACAUGGAAAGCCAACUUCCGUUGUGCAAUGAACUCACUGCCUGACAUCGAGGAGGUGAAAGACAAAAGCAUUAACAAAGGCCACCAAGCGAUGCGUGUCUUCAGGAUGCUGCCUGCUAGUCAAAAAUCUAGAGAUAAACGGACUAAAGGGAGGGAGUCAAAGGCAAGGAAGAAGAGUUCAGCAGUUAAGAUGGAGGAGAGAGAAGACAGCUACAGCGACACUCAGUCUCCCAUACCGCACCAGUGGCAGAAAAACACUCAGGAAAACAGAGUCGACAGCACAGUGCAGACAGACCAGCCAGAUUUCUUCUUCCAAACUGACGUACCUGAAUGGUCUUCAUCAGUCGAGAUUGGGCCUGACACCUUCAGCAGCAGAUUUCAGGUUUCACCUGAUCACAGCUCCGAUUACGACUAUCCAGAAGACAUUAUUGAGAUUUGCAGAAAACUGGAGAAAGAAUCAUCACACUGGAUGACAAGCAGUUUAGGCGACAGGGGAUUCCUGAGCAAUGAACCAUGCACCAGUCCAGGAAGCCAGUGGAGUGAUUCUUCAUCAGCCGACGAACUAGACGACACACGGCCACAGUACACAACUCCAGACUUUCCAAACAGCACAGACGAUAUCUGGACUUUUGCCAACAGCUCCCGCUUUUGCUUUAAAAUCUAAAGGACAUUACAGGACAAUUCUUUUACACUGGACUUUUGAACUACAAUCUCCUCCCAUCUGAGACCUCCGCUCAGCAAAGUCAUCAUCAUCAUCCCUCGGGUUUCACACCCUAAGCUCUCACGCCAUCCCCACCCGAUUUGUGCUGUUUGUUUGAUGUUGGAAGCAGUUUUGCAGAGCCACCCUCAUCUCUCUCAUUCCUAUAUGUGAAGUUGUGAAUGGAAUGAAGUCAGCUGUUUUGUAAAAGGAAUUACAUGCUCAACAUUGUUCUAUAGUUUUGGCUGGUUCAAUUCACCAUAGUUUUUGUUUUUUUCUGUUAAGCUCAGGCAUGGUAAUUCCAUCAUCUUACACAACCACUGGCAAUUACAACAAAGCUAACAUUAAGUCAAUAGUGCAAAUAUGCUCAGAUUCAGUGCAAAAGGUAGUUAAUGUAUAGUGUAAAAUAGCAAAACAAAAAAAUGCCAGUCACAUAUUUUUUUGGUUUUUCCGUUAUAUGUUAAAGGGAAUUUUUGUUUAAGUGACCAAAACCUGCAUCUUUGUCCUGUUGCUCGACAAACAUCCCAUGGCGCUUAAGGUGUUGUUAAUUGUAUAUAUGUGUGUUGUUGUUUUUUUUUAAUAAAAUCUGAAAACUGUAAAAGAA